GGGGUUUUCAUAAUUUGACCAUACCACAGGGGUGUGGUUGUAAUUUACCCAAUUAAAAUAUGAAUUUCAUUUGAAGCCCUCUAACAAAGAACGUAGUAGAGAAUUUUGUUGAUGCAUGAGAAACUAGUGGCUGUACACCCAAAUCGGAGCAUGUCAUUUUGCGACGCCACCACCCUGAAACGACUGCGUUUAUCUCUCUCUCUAGACUUUCUCUCUCUUCAUUCCUAUAUAACACUCUCAACAAUAUUUCCCGAUAAACAUGACCGGCGAAAUCUGAAAUAAGAAGACCCCGAAAAAUCAAACCGGCUCAAUCUCCACCAUAUUUAAUUUUUUUGUUUUUGGUUUGGUAAAUCAAACGAAUGAACAACUAAAAAAAUGGAGAUUGGCUCGGCGCGCAUCGGUCGGUGCUCCAAGGAGCACCAGAAGAUCUACCAAUCGUGGUUUUCUUACGUUGAUUCAGAUGGCGAUGGCCGUCUCACGGCGAACGAUGCUUCCAAAUUCUUCACCAUGUCUAAUUUGUCCCGUCAGGAUCUCAAACAGGUUUGGGCAAUUGCGGAUAUGAAAAGGCAAGGGUUUCUCGGAUUCAACGAAUUCGUUGCAGCAAUGCAGUUAGUAUCUUUGGCGCAAGCAGGGCACAAUCUCACGAGCGAUAUUUUGAAAUCCGAAGUUGACUUCGAAAACUUGCAACCUCCUGCUAUGGAAGGUCUUGACGCACUCCUACCCAAGAAGAAGCGUUCUAGUGGAGCCGAACAGAACGGCAGUCAAAUGCAAUUGGCAGCUAAUUGGUUUUCUUCUUCAAAAUCCGCAAAGGUAUCUUCGACCCCUGUCACUUCAAUUGUCGAUGGUUUGAAGAAAUUGUAUCUUAAGAAGCUGAAGCCCCUGGAAACUACCUACAAAUUUAACGACUUUGUUUCUCCCUCGCUAAUAAACAGCGAUUUUGAUGCUAAACCAAUGGUGAUGCUACUGGGGCAGUACUCAACCGGGAAGACAACAUUUAUUAAACAUUUGCUGGGAAGUGGUUAUCCAGGAUCUCACAUUGGACCAGAGCCUACCACAGAUAGAUUUGUCGUUGUCAUGAAUGGGCCUGAUGAGAGAAGUGUUCCAGGGAACACUGUUGCUGUUCAAGCAGAUAUGCCGUUUAACGGCCUAACAACUUUCGGAACUGCAUUUUUGUCGAAAUUUGAGUGUUCACAAAUGCCACAUCCUCUUCUUGAGCAUAUAUCGUUUGUGGACACACCGGGAGUUUUAUCGGGCGAAAAGCAAAGGACACAGAGAAGCUACGACUUUACAGGCGUAAUUUCUUGGUUUGCAGCCAAGUGUGAUCUAAUUCUUCUUCUAUUUGAUCCUCACAAACUUGAUAUAAGUGACGAAUUCAAACGAGUGAUUGAAUCUCUUCGUGGGCAUGAUGAUAAAAUACGCGUGGUUUUGAACAAGGCCGACCAAGUCGAUACACAGCAACUUAUGCGAGUUUAUGGAGCAUUGAUGUGGUCCCUCGGGAAAGUGUUGAAUACUCCUGAGGUUAAUCGUGUUUAUAUCGGCUCGUUCAAUGAUAAGCCAAUAAACGAAGCUUCGGCUGGUCCCCUUGGUUUAGAGCUUUUCGAGAGAGAACAAGAUGACCUUCUCAAUGAUUUGAAAGACAUACCAAAGAAGGCUUGUGAUCGUCGUAUAAACGAAUUCGUAAAACGUGCAAGGGCAGCUAAAAUACACGCGUACAUCAUGAGUCAUCUGAAAAACGAGAUGCCCUCAAUGAUGGGGAAAGCCAAGGCACAGCAGAAACUCAUAGACAAUCUUGCUGAUGAAUUUGCCAAGGUACAACGGGAGCACCACUUACCGGCGGGAGAUUUUCCUAACGUGGAACAGUUCAAGGAUAAACUGAACGGAUACAACAUAGAUAAGUUUGAGAGGAUGAAACCGAAGAUGAUACAAUCGGUAGACGACAUGCUUGCUUACGACAUACCGCAACUUCUCAAGAAUUUCCGCAACCCUUACGACUAGAAUGAUUUUAUGCCAAUUUUUCUUCUUUCCUUUUUGGGAUGGAUAUUUGGAAGAUAGUUUUUUUUUUUUUUUUUGGUUUGUUUUCCCAUGUUCAAGAAUCCUUGGAAGUAAUUAAGAGAAGAAACGUUUGUAUAUUGUCACAUGUAUAUUAUAUAUAUUAUAUAUGCUUUUGAGCAUAAAAUUUUGUUGCAAAUAAAUAGUAAAUGAUCAUCAUUAUACUAAAAAUAAU